UAAAAGAAAGUACCCUGCAUUGUUGCACGUAGUGCAGUUUGGGAGUCGUCAGAGCAAACGGUUCUUUAUACGGACUGAUCGCCACGAUUUAUAAGGUUUACUGCUGUGUCUAGCCGUGUGCAAGUCUACCUGUGAUCCACCAUGAAGCUUCUCACAGCCGCCAUCUUUCUGACCUCCAUCGCUGGUAUCGUGGGUAUCAAGUGUUACAACUGUCACUCAGGGAAUGGUGCCCCCGGUGAAACCAAUGCCUGCCACGAUCCGUUCAACGCGACAGGUCCUAACGUUGAGGAGACUGACUGCGGAGCUGAUGCGGGUUUUUCUUGCACUAGCAUGUUGCAAGUCAUUGGUGAGUCGGAUGCGGUUACAAUGAGGAGUUGUUCCCAGACUGACCAUUGUUUCAAGAUAGGUGGUUGCGUCGCCGGCACUAUUGGCCGGAUGUCUAUUACAGCCUGCUGCUGCAGUGGGAACCUGUGCAACGAUGGACCUGUAGCAGCUCCUACAACUCCUAUACCUAAUACAACUCCUAUACCUAAUACACCUCCUAUACCUAAUACACCUCCUAUAGCUACAGCUCCACCGUGCACGUGCAACGGAGCUGGGUCGGUGACCGUCAACAUCAUCACUACCGUUGCCAUUAUCUUCAUGGCAAUGCUGUUUACACUGUAAACUAUAUUAUCCCCGCAUGUACCGUUGAACUCAAUAUUGACCGGACUUGUUGACAAUACGACUGUUCCGUGAAAUAAUUAUCCGCCAUAUUUGUUACCCCAUAAAAAUGGGGUUUCUUUCCAAUUUGGCCUGCUGCUACGGAACCCCUAAAGUGACAUUCAAUAUUUCGUUAUAUCUCGUGCGCACAAAAUAAGUAUUUCGCGCGCACGAGAUAUAUCUCGUGCGCACGAAAUAAGCUCGUGAUGUGCGCACCGAUAAGUCAUUAGAUGUUUCGUGCGCACGAAAUGAAAAUGUUGUUGAAAGGACCUUUAUGGGCUCCGUAUUAUACUGCGGGAUUACAAUUUUGUAAUUUCUAUAAUUUUUAAUUUGAAAUGUUUUAUUUUAAUUCUUAAUUUUUAAUUGUGUAUUUUUCUGUGAGCGUCUUCCAUCGAGUCUUCCAUGUUUCCGCGAUGAUUACGAACAAAGCUGUGGCGAACUGUUUUCCAUCACGACUGCCAUAUUUUGUUAUGCGCAUGCGCAGUGGGAAUACCAACAUGGCUUUAAUUCAGUUUCAUAGUUAAUUAAGCACGUAGUUUUGAUAAAGAUAAAAACAGACUGCGAAAUCAUAUUCAGAAAUGGCGUUUUUUUGGGUUAAUGUUUGUAACAUGACCUGUUAGUUCAUUGAGUCAAGACUGAGGUCUAUACUAUGAAGUCUUGGAAAUAGCGUAUAUAAAUAGUAUGAUAGUUCUUGAGUCAAGACUGAGCCUGAGGUUUAUACAAUGUACUAAGAAGUCUUGGAAAUAGCGUAUAUAAAUGAUCUGAUAGUUUAUUCAGUCAAGACUGAGGUAUUUACUAUGACGUCUUGGAAAUAGCGUAUAGAAAUGAUAUGAUAGUUAAGUUCUUCAUAUUUAUAUAUUUACAGCAACAAUACAACAUCUGAGAGCUUUCAUAAGUUCUCUGAAAACAGUCGAUAACUCUGGAUUACAAUAGAACGAAAACCUGAGUGAUGAUAGAUAAACUUAUAGAAAGAUGAAAAGAAAAUACCAUAAGGAGCAGAUAAAGAAAAGACCACUACACGGAGCACUUUGUCAUGUUCAACAUUAUCUAAAAUAAUUAUUGGUUGAAAAUAAAAUGAGAGAAAAAUGUAAAAUCUGA